CCUUGUUCCCACGGCGCGUGGCUCGUCGAGCCUCGUCCGGAGAUCGGCGAGCCACGCGCCGUGGGAACACAAAAGUUCGUGGUUCGCCGAGCCGGCUCGUACAGGCGCGUGUAGGCUCGCCCGUAUCCGUUCAUUGUCGGUACAUCAAAGGCCUGUGGCUGGGCAUAUCACGAGUCACAGAUCAGAUGCGUGUAGUGUUCCAACGGGCGCGUAUAGUUUUCGUUUAAAUAAUAGUAGUAUUUUUUAAGUGCUAUAUAGAAAGUAUUUUAAGUAGUGUUUUGAAUUGAAAAUGGAGUGGACAAAUGAGUUGGUCCUGGAGUUUCUGGAGUUGUACGAAGCGGAACCUCUCAUUUGGAACCCGGGAUGUGCUGACCACAAAGACCGGAAUAAGUGCUUUGAUGCGUGGAAAGGAAUCCAAGAAAAGUUCAGCGUCAGCGUUCCAAUUGGUGAACUAAAGAAGAAGAAGGACAAUUUGAUGGCAACUUUUAGGAAGCUGGCGACUAAGGUGAAGAAUAGUAAAGUAACUGGGGCUGGAACUAAUGAUGUUUUCAAGCCAGAUUGGUUCGCAUACGAGAAAAUGGGAUCGUUUUUGCAUACAAUAUACACACCAAGGAAAACGCAAACAUUAGAGGAGGUACUGACAGACGAAGAGGACUUUGAUGUUGCAUCACCUGCUGAAGACACUACAACAACUAAUGAAAGAGUUAAUUUGCAAGCAAAUACUGAGCCUCCUGUUGAGACUGGUAGCACAGUUGAACCCGAGGAAAGUCAGCCUCCAGGUGUCAAAAAAAGGAAAGUCGUGCAGCCAAAGAUCAUUGAAAAGAGUAUGAAUGACGCUUUUACAUUGUUGAAACAAGUUGCUAACAAACCGAAGGCAGUAGAAACAAAGGAUGAAAGCUCAUUAUUUUGCGAGUUGCUGAUUUUAAAAUUGAGAGCGCUAGAUAAUGAGACUCGAGAACUCGCUAUGCAUGACAUUGACAAUUUAAUGUUCUCUUAUAAGAAAUCCACCAGUCAGCCGCCAUAUUGGUCUCAAAUCUACCAGCAACCGGGAUCCAAUGCUCACUCAUUCAGUCAUAGUCGGAGUCAAACACCUGCGUCAUCACAUACUGGAUCUGUACAUUCUGCAUCUUCGUAUAACAUUCCAACAGCAACUUCAAUGGGAGUGCUUACCACCGCCCCUCCAAAUGAGUAAUGACAGUAACGUGUCAAUGACCACUGCAGCUGACUUCUUUACAAAUUUCUCAGAAAUUGAAAGACUAUAGAUUUUAAAAAUAUGUUUGAACAAAAUAAUAAAAAAUUCAAUUAAAUUCAAUAUUUUAAAUAUUCAAUAUUUUUUCAACUUUAAAAUUAUUAUUAUUUUUUUUUUUUUUUUUAGAAUACUUUGUUUAUACUACCGAGAUGAGACUAUUAUAAUUCUACAAAAUAAAUAUGUACCUCCACU